AUGUGCUGCUCAAACUACAACAGCUAUCCCAAGUACAACAAUCGCUCCAACUACAACAGCUACCCCAAAUACAGGAGCUGCCCCAACUACACCAGCUUCUCCGACUACAACAGCUGCACCGACUACAACAGCUGCCCCAACGACAAUAGCUGCUCAAACUACAACAGCUGCCCCAACUUCAACAACUGCCCCAACUUCAACAACUGCCCCAACGACAACAGCUGCACUGAUUACAACAGCUGCUCCAACUACAACAGCUGCCCCAACUACAACAACUCCCCCAACUGCAACAACUGCCCCUACUACAACAGCUGCCCCAACUACUACAACAGCUACUCAAACUACAACAGCUCCCCCAACUGCAACAGCUGCCCCACCUACAACAGCUGCCCCAACUACAACAACUCCCCCAACUGCAACAACUGCUGCCCCAACUACACCAGCUUCUCCGACUACAACAGCUACUCAAACUACAACAGCUCCCCCAACUGCAACAGCUGCCCCACCUACAACAGCUGCCCCAACUGCAACAACUGGUCCAACUGCAGCAGCUACCUCAACUACAACAGCUGCACCGACUACAACAGUUGGCCCAACUAUAACAGCUGCCCCUACUACAACAGCUGCCCUGACUACAACAGCUGCCCUGACUACACCAGCUGCCCUGACUACAACAGCUGCCCCAACUACAACAACUCCCCCAACUUCAACAACUGCCCCAACGACAACAGCUGCCCCCACUACAACAGCUACCCCAACGACAACAGCUGCACCGACUACAACAGCUGUCCCGACUACAACAACUGCAACUCCCCCAACUGCAACAACUGCCCCUACUGCAACAACUCCCCCAACUGCAACAGCUGCCCCCACUACAACAGCUGCCCCAACUACACCAGCUGCCCCAACUACACCAGCUUCUCCGACUACAACUGCUGCCCUGACUACACCAGCUUCUCCAACUACAACAGCUGCUCAAACUACAACAGCUACCCCAACUGCCCCAACUACACCAGCUUCUCCGACUACAACUGCUGCCCUGACUACACCAGCUUCUCCGACAACAACAGCUGCUCAAACUACAACAGCUACCCCAACUGCCCCAACUACAACAACUCCCCCAACUGCAACAACUGGUCCAACUACAACAGCUGCACCGACUACAACAGCUGCCCCAACUACACCAGCUUCUCCGACUACAACAGCUACUCAAACUACAACAGCUCCCCCAACUGCAACAACCGGUCCAACUGCAGCAGCUACCCCAACUCCAACAGCUGCACCGAUUACAACAGCUGGCCCAACUACAACAGCUGCCCCCACUACACCAGCUUCUCCAACUACAAUAGCUGCACCGACUACAACAGCUGCUCAAACUACAACAACUCCCCCAACUGUCCCAACUACAACAGCUGCCCCAACUACAACAGCUACUCAAACUACAACAGCUCCCCCAACUGCAACAGCUGCCCCCACUACACCAGCUGCCCCAACUACACCAGCUUCUACGACUACAACAGCUACUCAAACUACAACAGCUCCCCCAACUGCAACAACUGCCCCCACUACACCAGCUGUCCCAACUACACCAGCUUCUCCGACUACAACAGCUACUCAAACUACAACAGCUCCCCCAACUGCAACAACCGGUCCAACUGCAGCAGCUACCCCAACUCCAACAGCUGCACCGACUACAACAGCUGGCCCAACUACAACAGCUGCCCCCACUACACCAGCUACCCCAACUACAACAGCUGCCCCCACUACACCAGCUUCCCCAACUACACCAGCUUCUCCAACUACAAUAGCUGCACCGACUACAACAGCUGCUCAAACUACAACAACUCCCCCAAUUGCAACAGCUGCCCCCACUACACCAGCUGCCCCAACUACACCAGCUUCUACGACUACAACAGCUACUCAAACUACAACAGCUCCCCCAACUGCAACACCUGGUCCAACUACAACAGCUGCACCGACUACAACAGCUGCUGCUCAAACUACAACAGCUCCCCCAACUGCAACAACUGCAACAGCUGCCCCACCUACAACAGCUACUCAAACUACAACAACUCCCCCAACUGCAACAACUGCCCCCACUACACCAGCUGCCCCAACUACACCAGCUUCUCCGACUACAACAGCUACUCAAACUACAACAGCUCCCCCAACUGCAACAACUGGUCCAACUGCAGCAGCUACCCCAACUCCAACAGCUGCACCGACUACAACAGCUGGCCCAACUACAACAGCUGCCCCCACUACACCAGCUACCCCAACUACACCAGCUUCUCCAACUACAACAGCUGCCCUGACUACACCAGCUUCUCCGACUACAACAGCUGCUCAAACUACAACAGCUCCCCCAACUACAACAAUUCCCUCAACUGCCCCAACUACAACAGCUGCCCUGACUACAACAGUUCCCCCCACUACAACAGCUGCCCUGACUACAACAGCUGCCCCAACUACAACAACUUCCCCAACUUCAACAACUGCCCCAACGACAACAGCUCUGCACCGACUACUACACUGCACUAA